AUGCUCGUCUGCCUCUCGAUGCUCCCCUCCGCAUUCGCCGGCCCGGUGCGCGUCGCUCGCACGCGACAGGCGCACGACGAGUACCUCCGUCAGCGAGAACUGAGCGACCGUGAACGAAAACUGACCGACAUCGUCGAUCGCGGCUCUCGGCCUCCGCUGCACCUGGUCGAAACGAAAGCCAGCUUCGACAAGGAGCACCGCGAGGAGGAGCUCCGCAAACAGGGCGGCGCCGCGUCGGACGGGUCGUCCGCCACUCCCAUCCAAUACUGGGGCGGUCCCGUGCUGAGCGGAAACACGCUGAAUGUUUACUUAAUCUACUACGGCUUCUGGCCAAAGCAAUCCGCGCAGACUGUGAUUGAGAAUUUCAUUCGGUCGCUGAGUCUAGGAGGCGCCGACGCGCAGGGGGAAGCCGCGGAUCCGAAAGUGAGCAGCUGGUGGGCGACCAGCUCGAAAUACUACUCGCAGGCAUCUGAUGGGUCCACGCCCACCGUCAGCACGGAGGUGAAGCUCGCGAAGGUCAUCUACGACAAAGGGUCGCAAGGGAAGAACUUCAACGCCAACACUCCCUGGAAAGUUGUCAAGAGCAAGAUUGGCUCCGGAAAGCCAUUCCCCUACGACGCCAAUGGCAUCUACCUGCUUCUCACGAGCACCAACAUCAAGGUCUCUGGCUUCUGCACACAGUACUGCGGGUAUCACACGAUGGAUCGCCUCGGCUCCAAGCCUGUCGCGUAUUCCCUCGUGGGUCAUCACGGAUUAUGCCCCGAAAACUGCGGUGCGAAGCAGACUUCGCCCAACGGGAAGCCCUGGCUGGACGCGAUGGUUUCGACGAUCGCUCACGAAAUCGCGGAAGCCGCGACAGAUCCCAAUGCCAGCAGCGGCUGGUUCGAUGCCAACGGGGAGGAAAAUGCUGAUAAGUGCAGCUACGAGUACGGAGAGACGCAAACAACUCAGAACGUGUAUGGUGACGAUGCAGAGUACAACUUGGUGGGGCUCAAUGGUAUGAAGUUCAUGGUGCAACAGAACUGGGACGUGGAAACUGACUCGUGCAUAUCCCAGACGACGGCAUAG